AGAAAUUGUAUUGCAUUCUGAAAAGGAAUUUGCCAAUAUAAUCAAGGAUGAGUUCAGCUAUUUUGUAGCAGCACCGUUAGAGAUCCUGUAACCUAACUAUCUGUGUCUAACCGAGUUAGUCACAAUAGUAUUCCAACUUUCCAAUACAUGAUUACACCAUUCACAAUAGUAAAAACUAUAACAGAACAAAUGAUGUUUCGUUUUCUAUUGGCAUUUGGGGAAAGCUAGGUUUUCACAGGUAAAUUCAUUCUACUGUUAUGUUUGUGAUAUAAUUUUGACAUGUAUAGAUUAUUAUUUUAUAUACAUAUUUCAGUAUAUGACAAAUCACAGAAGUGUGUACCUAAUCAACAAUAGUGGACACUGGCAGGUCCAGGGACUGAAGAGAGAACUUGUAAUUGCUCAAAAAUCUAGAAAGGCAGCAUCCGCCUCAUUAAGGAUGGCUUUUCAAAAAGCUGCCCAACUACGACUAACAGAGAAGGAGAAGAAUAAAAGUCCUUCCUAUGCUAUGCGCAUAUCUUUGCAAAUUAAUAAAGUUGUUUGGAGCAUGCUUGUUGAUGGUAAAUCCUUUGCUGAGGCUGAGAUUAAUGACAUGAUAUAUGACUUUGACCGGGAUUACAAGGAUGUCGGCAUUGCUCGGUUUACAACAAAAUAUUUUGUUGUCAGAAAUUGCCUGCCUAAUGUCAAGUCUGAUAUGCUUUUGUCAGCAUGGAAUCCUCCAUCUGAAUGGGGAAAGUAUGUAGUUUUUGUGGAGUUUCUCUUAAUUCCUUGGUGCUUAUGGUGUUAUUGUGAUAUUUGUUGCCAUGCUGUUCAAACUUUUUUUAAUUUUAUAUAAUUUGUCAACAAAUAAAAA